AUAAAGACUUGAUCCACUCGCGGAUGACCUAGGGUUUGCCCAACUGGCUGUGUUGCGUUGCGCGCCAUGGACGAUGAUUUCGAGAAGCAGCUGGAACAGGUGAAUCGCCUGCUGGCCAAGGAGCCACACAAUGUCGAGUACCAGGAAAUGGCCAAGCAACUGAGAGAGGUGAUCCAAUUGGCAAAACAAGUGGACGUGGACCUUGAUGAUGCAGAGGACCAGGAUCAGCAGCAGCAUCUUCAGCAACAUGAGGAGCAAGGAGAGCAGCAACACGAGGAGGACGAGGAGGACGAGGAGGAAGAGGCACAUGAAACUAUGGCCAUUGGAACCAAGGUGCAGGCGGUAUGGAGCGAAGACGGUGAAUGGUACAACGGCACAAUUCGCGCCGUCACACCAAAUGGAUACCUGGUGAUGUACGACGGGUGGAACAAUGAAGAGGAGGUAGAUGCCGCCAACAUUAGGCAAGUAAACCUUGACGACGACAAGCUUGUGGAGGCGGAAAGGGAAGCCGAGGCAACCAGGCAAGCCAUAAAGCGAAAGAUUGCAUUGGCAGCCGACGUUGGAGUUGUUCCUAGAGAUCUGCCGCAGAAGUUGAAGAUAAAACCUGACGACCCUGAGGAAAUUCGACAAGUCAAGAAGAAGAAGAUUCAUGCCUUCAAAUCCAAGCUUCGGCUGGAGCAGAUGGAAGUCGCCCAGAACAAGCGGCAGAAUGCUUGGCAGCAGUUCCAGACAGCCAAAGGCAAAUCAAAAAAGGUCGGCUUCUUUACAGGGCGCAAGAAGGAGAGUAUAUUCAAGUCUCCCGACGAUCCCAGGGGGAAAGUGGGCGUUACGGGCAGCGGUAAGGGGAUUACGGAGUUUCAAAAGCGUGAGAAACACCUACAUCUCAAAUUGGGUGUUGAAGGAGAGGUCGAUGAGUGAAGCACGACUAGAAAAUUUUCCGAAAGACUUCCUUCUCAUGGUCGGCAAAUUCUAGUUCCUUAGAGAGACGUGAUGUAAGAUCAAACUUAAAACUAUGUGACUCACGCGCUCGACAACUUUCU